CGGGAAGUGUAGAGCGUCGUCAUGGUCCAAGUUUCAGGGAGCUCCAGCGGUCGGUCGCAUGCACUCGUAGAAAGUGACACGGCUCCAGCAUCGCGACAAUGGCAUUGCCACCGGCAGUCCGCCUGAUGGCGAUUGGCACAAUGCUAGUCUUCUCAUUCCUCUGCAUUCAGAUCUACCGGGCGCCUUCGAGCUUGUCGGCAGGCGGCAAGCACGCUAUCAAGAUCAAGGACAUGCCCAGAGAUCCCAACCUUGACCCCACCCUCGAGCCUCCGGAACCGUUGCACAGAGUGUCCGGAAACAACUAUGCGCCUGAUAACGCAAACUCGAAUCGCAUCAAUGCCACCAUCUUAUCGCUUGUGCGCAAUGAAGAGCUGCCGGGAAUUCUACAGUCCAUGCGCGACCUAGAACGUACCUGGAAUCACAAGUUCAACUACCCUUGGACCUUCUUCAACGAUGUGCCUUUCACCGAGGAAUUCAAAAAGGCCACUCGUGCCAUGACGAAAGCCGACAUCCGCUACGAGCUCAUUCCCAACGAGCACUGGGAGGUGCCCAGUUGGAUCAACCGCGACUUGUUCCGCGAAAGCGCAGACAUUCUCAAGGAGCACGACGUCCAAUAUGCACACAUGUUGAGCUACCACCAAAUGUGUCGCUGGAACUCGGGCUUGUUCUACAAGCAUCCUGCCCUCAAGGACAUGCAAUACUACUGGCGUGUCGAGCCCAAAGUCCACUUCUUUUGCGACGUCGACUACGACGUCUUCCGCUUCAUGCAAGACCGUAACAAGACCUACGGUUUUACCAUCAACCUCUACGAUUCUCCCCAAUCCGUCCCGACCCUUUGGACUGAGACCAUCAAGUUCUUGGCCUCGAACAGUCAUUAUCAACAUCCCGACAAUGCCAUGAAGUGGCUUACCGAUAAGGAGCGUAGACCCGAGCACACUCAAGAAGCCAACGGUUACAGCACUUGCCAUUUCUGGAGCAAUUUCGAGAUCGCCGACAUGAACUUCUGGCGCUCGUCUGCUUAUGAGGAAUAUUUUGAACACCUGGAUCGUGCCGGUGGCUUCUUCUAUGAGCGCUGGGGUGACGCGCCUGUCCACAGUAUCGCCCUCGGUCUCUUCGAGGACGCUCGUAAGAUCCAUUGGUUCAAGGACAUUGGGUACCAACAUAUUCCCUUCUUCAAUUGUCCCAACUCUCCCAAAUGUCGAGGCUGUGUCACCGGUCGCUUCUAUGACGGAGAUGCAACGCUGGCAAAGGAAGACUGCCGCCCCAACUGGUUCAAAUACGUUGGCAUGAGUCCCGAAUGGGCUGUCUCAAAAGAUGACUAGAAGACAUCGGGAUUGCAUGAUGCAUUUUAUACACGGCGUUUGAGCGUGUGGCUUUCCCCAAAUAUACCACUUUUGUUUGACCGGCUCUACAUGUUAUUCGGCUUUACAUAUACCAGAAUGAUAAACUUGUAAGGACUAUUAUUCAAUGCUGACUCGCAUGGCGAUAUCAUCUUCAUUCUGCUCCAUGUCGCAAUGAAUUCAUUCUGCAUCGUUACGGCACAGGCUCUGACAUCGAUGGGGGACGAGGAUGACGGUACUAUCUGAUCACCCACAUGAUCCCAUGGCACACCAUCUUCGCCACUUGGGAUCGAGGAAUCAUACCAUGAUGUGUUGUGGGAACAACAAACCUGCUUUUAAAUUAUACUUCAGCUUGUAUAGCGAUCACAAAUCAGGAAAGAAAAAGAUAAACAGUUGCAAGAACAACCCAAAA